UGCCGAAGCUUGUGAUCCAUCCGUUUGCACAGGGAGCCCAUGCCCCAGUAGAUCUAAUGGACGCCGGUCGGCGCUAUGGAGGCACAUUUCCGACGCAGAGAUUUGUUUUCAUCCGCCAGCCGAUCCGGGCAACGCCCACUUGAUGAAUCUCACAUACAUUUGUGAGCUUUGAAUCAGCGAGGAGUGCACAUAUCGCAGCAAAGCUGCAGGGUGGUGCACUCAAGAAUCUGAAUCACGGACUUGUUUCGAUUUCGCCUGAUUUGGGCUGUGGUCUUCGUGUGAAGAACAGCAAUUUGCAAAUCGAAGGAAGAAUGGAUUGAUUUGUUGGUGGAUUACUCAUUUCGCUGUUGGCUCUGUUUUUGAUUCUCUGCUUGUGAGUGUUGCGGAAUCUCACGUACCUGUAACGCCACAUUGUAGAUACUGAAAUUGUCUAUGGCUUCCUUUUUGCAGCUGGCACAACCUGUACACCCAGAAAUCUUGUGUCAAUUCUCGGUGUAUCUUUCCCACAAAUUGAUUCUGGAAUUUUAAAGUCUGAGACAAUGGUGACACCUGUUGCAUCAUCAUCGCCUGCGCUGCAUUUAAUUCCUGCACUGUGCGCCUCAUCGCGCAACGCAAGCCUUCACUCUAAAGAGUCUAAAAUUAUAUGGAGCACGAGUAAAAGCAAACUAAAACAGGAUCCCUCGGCCACAUUGAGUUCCCCGUGGAGGGCAUCUCGAAGUGCAGCUCUGUUCAGCAGUGAGGUCGUGCGUCCUUCCCCACGUCCCAGAAACUUGACAUCGAGCAUUUCAGUGCAAUUAACUGAGAAGAUGGCGGACAAUGCGGAUAAGACCGUGCGCUACAAAAUUCAUUAUUACAGGAAGAAUGGGGUCUACGAUCACUGGGGUUUGCACAUUUGGGGUCGCAUCGCAUCGCCAACUGAAUGGAAUAGCCCUUUAGCUCCCGCUGGUUCGGACGAAUUUGGAAUCUAUUGGGAGGUGGAUGCCAUGGACGGUGAAGUUCAUUUUGUUGUGCAUCAAGGGGACAGUAAGGACUGUGAGGGGACCAUCUCGUCUGGAAAGGACAUCGAGGUAUGGCUAGUUUCAGGGAGACCGACAGUUUUUUCACAAAAGCCUGAUCCCAAAUGUCUUCCCCAGGGUGACCUUAGCAAAUCACGAGCGUUCUGGAUUAAGGAGGAUUUGCUUGCUUGGAACGCCAGUAAUGAAAACGACAAGUUUUUCCUACAUUCCAGCAAUGCUGCUAGUCUAAAAGUCACUGCAAAUGGUGUAGAAGGUGCGGACGUUGUCGUAAAGCUGGCAGAAGAUCCGAAUGGUUUACCCCCGAAGGUGUUGGACAAGUUUCCUCACAUCUCAGGUUAUCGCGCUCUGCGGAUUCCUACCGAUGUAGAUGUCAAGAAAAUAUUGAAGACUCAGUUAGCCUUGUCAGCUACUGAUGAACAAGGACAAGCUACAGAUGCUACGGGUAUCCAAGUGGGAGGUGUUUUGGAUGAUUUGUUUGCCUACGACGGCCCUCUUGGCGCGAAUGCAAUAAAAGAUGGUGUUUCAAUCAACCUUUGGGCACCUACAGCACAGAAUGUGCGUUUGUUUUUGUAUUCUACACCAACAGGUGGAGAGCCUGAAGAGAAACUGCAGCUCCACGAAAGCAACGGUGUGUGGUCGACUUUUGGACCAAUCUCUUGGAAGGGCAAAUACUACCUCUAUGAGGUUACAGUUUACCAUCCAGCAUCUCGAGUAGUUGAAGUUUCUCUGGCAAACGAUCCCUAUUCUCGUGGCCUUUCUGUCAAUGGAGAGAAGUCUCUUAUUAUAGACAUGGCGGAUGCACAUCUUGCUCCCGAAGGUUGGACAAACCUUGGCAACGAGAAGCCUCAUCUUGAAUCAUUCAACGACAUGGCCAUUUAUGAGCUUCACAUCAGAGAUUUCAGCAUAUCAGAUAAGACCGUUGAUCCAGCAGUGGCGGGAGGAUACUUGGCAUUUGCACAGAAGGAUUCUGCAGGAGUAACUCAUUUGAAGAAGCUGGCUGAAGCUGGUCUCACGCAUGUUCACCUCCUCCCCUCCUUUGACUUUUCAAGUGUCGACGAAAGAAAAGAGACGUGGAAAACUGUCGAUGAGGAUAAACUGUCUAUGUAUGCACCCAAUUCAGAGGAGCAACAAAAAGCCAUUGUGGCAAUUCAGGACCAAGAUGCCUUCAACUGGGGAUACGAUCCAAUAUAUUGGGGUGUGCCAGAAGGCAGUUACGCAACUGAUCCUAAUGGUCCGGCCCGUACAGUGGAGUUUCGGACUAUGGUGCAGGCCCUCAACAGGUCGGGAUUACGUGUUAUCCUGGACGUCGUCUAUAACCAUCUUCAUGGCAGCGGCCCUUCGGGCCAUCACUCGUGUUUGGAUAAGGUAGUACCACAUUAUUACCUUCGGCUGAACAAGGACGGAUAUGUAGAGAACAGUACCUGCAUGAACAACACAGCCUGUGAACAUUACAUGGUGGACCGACUUAUUGUCGACGACCUUAAGCAUUGGGCAGUGAACUACAAGGUGGAUGGCUUCCGCUUUGAUCUUAUGGGGCACUUAAUGAAGCAUACGAUGGUAAGAGCAAAAGAGGUACUCAGAAGAUUGACACUCCAAAAGGAUGGUGUGGACGGUUCAAAGAUCUAUAUUUAUGGAGAAGGAUGGGAUUUUGGCGAAGUGGCCAAUAAUGCACGCGGUGUAAACGCCGUUCAACAGAAUUUAGCUGGGACAGGCAUUGGCAGCUUCAAUGAUCGCAUACGCGACACUUGUCUCGGUGGAUCUCCAUUUGGAGAUCCCUUGCAACAGGGUCUGGUCACCGGCCUUGCUCUCCAGCCCAACUCUUUGUUCCAGGGCGGUGAAGACGCCAUGCACAAUGCUCUUGCAGCAACAACGGACUGGGUGAUGCUAGGAAUUGCUGCCAAUUUGAAAGACUACUCAUUUGUCUCCUACAAGGGAAAUGAGGUGAAAGGAGAUGAGGUUCUCACUCAUGACGGUAAACCAGUGGCGUAUGCUUCCAGUCCAGAAGAGUUGGUGAAUUACGUCUCGGCACAUGACAACGAGACGUUAUUUGACAUCGUCAUGCUGAAGAGUGCAGAUGAAGUAACUUUGGAACAGAGGUGCCGCAUUAACCAUCUUGCGACCAGUAUCGUUGCCCUCGCUCAGGGAAUUCCUUUCUUUCAUGCAGGAGACGAAUUACUACGUUCCAAGUCCUUGGAUCGUGAUUCUUACAACUCAGGGGACUGGUUUAAUAGGCUAGAUUUCUCAUAUGAAUCAAAUAAUUGGGGUGUUGGUCUUCCUCCUAUGGGCAAAAAUGGUGAAAAGUGGCCACUCAUGCGGCAUUUACUGGGUAAUCCAGCAUUUAAGCCCAGCAGGAAACACAUCCUUGCCGCGUUGGCGAACUUCCAAGAGUUCCUGCGCAUACGGUUCUCAUCACCACUGUUUCGGCUGAGAACCGCAAAUGCUGUUCAGGCAAGGCUGAAUUUCCAUAAUACGGGACCUUCAAGCAUCCCUGGAGUCAUCAUGUUCAGCUUGCAUGACGGUGAUGAGGGAAAACCCGGCCUUACUCAACUCGAUCCAAAUUUCAGAUGCAUUGCUGUCGUGAUCAAUGCUAGGCCAACGAAGCUCGAUUUUGAGGUUAAUACAUUCAAGCAUUGCAAUUUGACACUUCAUCCUAUCCAGGAACAUUCCGCGGAUGAAGUCGUAAAAAAAUCUUCCUUUGAACCAAGCAAAGCAAUUUUUAGGGUGCCCCCCCGGACAACUGCGGUGUUUGUGGAGUUGAGGUGACCAAAAGGAACUUAAAAAUAUUUUUGCUAUAUUUUUUACAUAGUAAUUUUUCUUUAAUUCAGAAUGAGUAGCCGUAGAUAUACUGUUGAAGAGCUGGUAAUAAGAGGAAAUGAGCACAUCCUGGUGCUUUCUUCAUACUUCUGUGACCUUCCAAGCGCUGAAGCUUAGUAACAGGUUUUGCACAGGUUACACUGGUAUUGAAAGAAUAAUUUUCAAUUUCUGUAGCAAUCUCAGAGGAAUAUUUGUUUUAAAAGAUUUCUUAAAUGGAAUAUGCUAUUAACAUUCCGCAAU